AUGGUCCAUGAUGGAAGGACCCGUCCUCCGAAGGAUGCGGUCUUUGAAUUGGGACACAGCUACACUGUAGGCUUCUGUGCAUUGAUCGUGUUUACCUCAGACUUUAGGAGUACAGUGUAUGAAAACAGUGCCAUUAAACUUUUCUGCACUGUGGAGGGAUAUCCCACCCCACAUGUCAAAUGGUUCAAGGAUGAUGUCAUCUUGGAAAUUUCUUCUGGAAAGUACUUUGUGGAGAGCAAUGCUGGAUUCCAUGCCCUCUCCAUCCUCAAGUGUGCAACUGAUGACACUGCGAUGUAUACGGCUGUAGCCUCAAACACUCAUGGACAGGCCUCCACCCAGGCCUCCAUCAUUGUGAAGAGGUGCAAAGAGGAAGAAACGUCAACUCCUUAUUCCUGGAUGCCUUACCAGUAUGCCAUUUUACCUGAGAUCAAGUAUACGAAGAUUAACAUCACCUUCACUGAGACGUUUGACGUGACCUUUGGAAAAGAAGGCGAUAAGACCACUUUGACCUGCAAGAUGACUAUUAACCCCAACCUGGCUAACCUGCAGCCUGAGGCGAUGUGGUACAGAGAUGAGCACCUCCUGAAAGAGUCGAGGUGGGUGAAAAUGGAGUCUGGCGGAGGUGUUGCCAAGCUCAUGCUUACUCAGCUCGCUAAGGAUGAUGAGGGUCUUUACACCCUCUGCAUGGUUACCAAGGGUGGCGAUGCGGUCCACAGGGCUUACGUCUUCGUUGAUGAUGGUCCACCUCCAGUUCCUCAAGCUCCCGGAGCCCCAAUGGACAUUAAGAUCCAUGAUGCAAAUAGAGAUUAUGUCAUUGUGUCCUGGAAACCUCCUAACACCACCACUGAAGGCCCCAUCGUUGGAUACUUUGUUGACAGAUGUGAAGUUGGAACAGAGAACUGGGUGCAGUGUAACGACUCGCCUGUAAAGAUCUGCAAGUAUCCUGUGCAGGGCCUGUUUGAGGGACACUCUUAUUACUUUCGCGUGCGUGCCGUUAACUCUCGCGGCAUUGGCAGACCCUCCAGAAUGUCUGAGCCCAUUGCCGCUCUGGACCCUACAGAGUUUGAGAGACUUCAUGCCACAAAACUCGGUGGAAGACUUGACGUUGUGACUUACUAUGAUGACCUUGAAGCCGAGGGAAAAGCUCCGGGACCUCCCUCUAAAGUCUGUGCUUCAGAGACGGACCGAACAUAUGUUGUGCUCAGUUGGGUCCCUCCAGUCUACCAUAGCAAAGCCCCCAUGUGGUAUUACAUUGAGAAGCUUCAAGUGGGAGCUGGAUCCUGGCAGAGAGUGAACACUAAAGUACCCAUCAGAUCUCCUCGCUAUGCCGUCUUCGACCUGCUAGAGGGAAAGGAUUAUCAGUUCCGUGUGGUGUCUGCUAACAUGUACGGUGUCAGCGAGCCUUCCGAGCCCUCCAGUACUGUAACAACCCUGCAGUUGAAGGGUGUGCCCUCGGCUCCUGGACAAGUCGUUGCAACCAGAGAGACAGAAACUUCUGUUCUAAUCCAGUGGGCGCCUCCAAAGGAUCCCAAUAACCUGAUUGGAUAUUACAUUGAUUCUUGUGUGAAAGGAUCUAAGGACUGGACCUCUGCCAAUCACAAGCCCCAUAAGCAGACUAGGUUUGUUGUGCAUGGACUGACCACCGGUGAGACCUAUGUCUUCCGUGUUCAAGCCAUCAACGAGCUGGGUCUCAGCGAUGAAUCCCAGGAAUCGGCCCCUCUUUCUGUGAGAGCCGCUCUUAAGCUGCCCUCUUUCCCUUAUGACAUCUCUCUUCUCUACUGUGAUGGGGAAUCCAUGGUCCUCAACUGGAAGCAGCCCCUCCAUUCUGGAGGAGCAGAUGUCACUGAUUAUUACAUUGACAAAUGCAAUGUGGCCAAGAAGACAUGGAAGGAGGUCAACGUCCCACCCAUUAAGGAAACACUGCACAAGGUUGGAGGUCUGACAGCUGGGUCAGUGUAUCAGUUUAGGGUCUAUGGAGCUAAUUUGACUGGACUGGGUGAUGCCUCGACCCCUAGCGCUCCCUUCAAAUGCAAGGCUUGGACCAUGCCUGAGCCAGGUCCAGCCUAUGACGUGACCUUCACUGAAGUAAGGGAUGAUUCAGUGGUGGUGGAGUGGAAGGCUCCUGUCUACAACGGCGCCAGUGCCAUCACUGGAUACUUUGUUGAGAAAUCCAAGAAAGGCUCGGAUAACUGGAGCAAAGUCAACGAAAGUUCAGUCAACCACUGCUAUCUUAAGGUCAAGGGUCUAGAAACAGGCGAGUCUUAUGGGUUCCGUGUGCGGGCAGAGAACACCAAUGGCAUUGGGGUGGCUUCAACCCCCUCUGACCCUGUGUGCAUCAAGGCACUGUCAGGCACCCAGGAAAUCAAAUGUGGCGUCGAUGAGGAAUCAGGUGACAUUUAUCUCUCUUUUGAGAGCUGCCAAAUAGCGGAGAAAUCAAAGUUUGUGUGGAAGAAGUCCUACCAAGAAAUGACUGACUUCUCUAAGGGAAUCAUCGUGAAGACAUCAGGCAGCCACUCAACUUUGCUUUUUAAGAACCCAGACAAAGAGGAAUUGGGCACAUACUCUGUGUCUGUUACACAUAGUGACGGUGCCUCCGCCAGCUACAAGAUCUCAGCAGAAGAGCUGGAGAAGAUGUUGGCCCUCAGCUAUGACAUACGCAACCCAAUUAUCCCUCUGAAGACUGAACUGGCCUAUAAGAUUCUAGAGAGAGGUCGUAUGCGCUUUUGGCUGCAAGCUGAGGGCAUCUCCUCUGCUGUGACCUACAAAUUCUUUGCCAAUAACAAGGAGCUUGUCAACUGUGAGCAAACUAAAAUGAGUCACGAUGCAGCUACGGGCAUUAUUGAGAUGGUGAUGGAUCAUUUCACUGACGACAGCGAGGGCACUUUCACCGUGCAGAUCCAAGAUGGCAGAGGCAAGGCCCAGUCCUCUCUGGUGCUGAUCGGAGACGCCUUCAAGGCAGCGCUGGCUGAGGCGGAAUACCAAAGGAGGGAGUACAUUCGUGUGAAAGAGGGCCCUCAUUUUAUGGAGUUCCUCUCCAUUCAAGUUGGUGAUAAUGCCUCUGUCACUCUUGUUUGCAAGGUGGCUAAUUUGAAGAAGGACUCUGUGUUCCAAUGGUAUAAGGAUGAUGUAGAGGUGAUUUCUGAGGUGCCUGCUGACUUGAACUCAGGAGUCUGCAAGUUCCCCCUAACUAAUUUCUCCAAGAGGGAUGUGGGACUAUAUAAAGCAACCAUCACCGAUGACAGAGGCCAAGAUGUGUCACAGAUUGAUGUUUCUGGCAAAGCUUUUGAUGACAUCAUUAACGAGCUCAGUCGUGUCGCUGGAUCCAGCGCCUCUGAGUUGUCGAUUCAGUGCACUGCAGAGGGCAUUAUGCUUCAGUGCCAUAUGAAAUAUUACACCGGGGAGAUGAAGAUCCAUUGGAAACAAAAGGAUUCUAAAAUUGCUGCAUCAGAAAGGAUGAGAAUUGGUGGCAACCCAGCAAUGGCAACUUUGGAGAUGGUAGAACCGACUGAUAAGGAUAAAGGAAUGUACACUAUUGAGAUUGUGGAUCCCGAGAAGACGCAUUCUCGUACCCUGGACCUCUCCGGACAACAAUUCCAGAGACUCAAAGCGGAAGCAUAUGCUGAAAAGUAUCGUGGCAAAGUGGUUGGUGGUCUUCCUGAUGUUGUGACUAUCAUGGAAAAGAAGACUCUGAGUCUGACCUGCACAGUCUGCGGUGACCCCAAACCUCUGGUCAGCUGGUCUAAGACUGAUCAAGAGGUAGAACCCAGUGAUCAGUACGUCAUUGCCAUGGACUCGGGCAAGUUCGCCAGCCUCACUAUCAAAGGUGUGUCCCUGGAGGACUCCGGCAAAUACACCAUGACGGUCCAAAACAAGUACGGUGGCGAGUCUGUGGACAUCAUCGUCAGCGUGUACAAACACGGCGACAGGGUUCCGGACAUCAAACCCACACCCUCACCCAAGAGGAUCAUGCCUCCCACGGUUCCCAUCGUAGUUCCCACUGCCAAGUCUGCCACCCCUGCCCCUGCUGCAGCCAAGUCGCCGGCUCCUCCCCAAAAUGCCAAAUCCUCUGCUCCGCCCCGUGGCAUGAAGUCCCCCACUCCCACCAGGAAGAAGUAACAGCAUAGCCCUUGCCGCUCGUUCACCCCAACGGCACAAAAACAACUAGAUUUACAUUUCCGGUCGGAAAUAUCAGUGUUUGCAAGGCAGCAAAAGAAGUUUGGGUAUAGGUUUUGGUUCAUGUCUUGUUUUCUUCCAGCUGUAGACAGUCUAUCAACAAAAUCAACAUAGUUUAUUAUAUGGCUAUAAAGGAGUAAUGGUGCUUUUUUUCUGAUUUAAAAAAUCUUUGUAAUCGGGAUAUGCAGACAAUAUAAAUAAUUUGUAGGUUGAUUCCCCUAAAAAGUAAAAAACAUUAGCUGCAUGGAUACGUUUUCUAUGUUUAUUUAAGCUUUGAUUUGAACGAAAACAAUGUAUCCAUGUGGUGCGGCUAACACAGAACAGCAUACACUGU